GAUUUUGAGAAGGAUUUUGGGUUUAAGGCAGACGAGCCUGAGGUUUCAGGGGUGGACGGUGAGUUGUUUGGGGAACUUUGAUUUUCUCAUGACUGGCACAAUGAUAAUUCAUCAGGAUCGGGGUUUCCAGUUGAUUGAUGGAAAUCAUGACCUGUUCAGGAUGAAUUUCAAAGAGGGAUUGGACCGUGGCCAUGGCAAGACAAAUUGUGAUGUGGUUGGAGGUGGUCCUUCAGACGCGCUGUUGCUGGCCCUUGGUUAUUUAAGGUUAAGGGAUCUUCUUGCUGUUGAAAAGGUAUGCAAAUCUUUACGUGAUGCUGUUCGAGGAGAUCCACUUUUAUGGAGAAGUAUUCACAUAGAUUAUCCAUUUAGUUUUAAGAUCACAGAUAGUACUCUUAUAAAGUUGACAAAUAGAGCUCAAGGCCAUCUUCAUACUCUCAGUCUCUAUAACUGCUCAAAGAUCACAAAUGUUGGUUUAAUACAUGUACUUGAGAGGAAUCCCAGCCUGACGAAGUUAAAUGUCCGCGGAUGUCUGAGACUCACCAUAGAUGGUAUUCUCUCUAACUUAAAAGUCUUGAAGGCUGCUGGAAAAACCAGACUUAAAUAUUUAGGGAUUUCUGGAUUGUUUGGUGUGACAAACCAGCACAUCGAAGAGAUCAAGCUCUUAACAGGUGCAGAUAAUAGCAAGCUGCCAACUACUCAUAAACCGCAGUUUUUUAGUGGUGACCAGUUGCGGGUCACUUCUGAUGAUGACCGUGCGGUGGACAUUGAAGUUUGCCCGAAAUGCCAGCAGCUUAAAGUAGUUUAUGAUUGCCCUCAAGAGAGUUGCCAAAAGAAGCAAUCUGCCACUCAGUUGUGUAGGGCUUGUACUACAUGCAUUGCACGUUGUUUCGAUUGUGGAUGUUGCUUAAAUAAUUGUGACUACAAGGAGCUGUCAUCUUUCGAGUUAAUUUGUUUAGAUUGCUUGAGAAAACUCAGGGGUUGCCAAGAGAAAGAGCAGAAAAUGACCAAUUUUAAAAAAACCACUGUUGUUCACAAUGGGAAGAGUUACCAAUUCUUCCUCUAUGGCUUUGAUGCAUAGCGUUUGUUGCUUUUUUUGGCUGUGGAAAAGCUUUGGGAUCGCAUAGUGUUUUUGAGCAUUAGAUGUAAAAUGGAAGUCCCUUUUUUUCUCCUGAAGAAAUUGGAAUCUGAUUAUUGUCGAACUGGAAGGAAACAUGGCAGACAAGAAUCUGAUGAGGGUUCUGAUAGCCUUAUGUUGUAUUAUAUGCUGUGUCAUGAUUUUGUUGAGUAACAAAGGAGAGUAAUGUAAUUCAAGCUGAACUCCCGUAUGGAGGCUUUUGUUGCUUCAUAUAUAGCCUUAUGUUGUAUGCAUGUUGUGUCAUGUUUUUGUUGAGUAACAAAGGAGAAUAAUGUUAUUCAAGAUGUUACUACACCGAACUUCUUGGGAGAAAGAAGUUGAAGGUAGAUUAAAUGUGUAUGAUGAUACGUGGACAGACUAAGUUCACGGUGUUAAUCAUCAACAGCUGCGGGGUUGCAAAUAUCAAGGCCUACUUGUUUGUGGUGGAGUUGGAGAAGAAUGUACCACAGUGUUGGUUGGCAUUGAGACGAAGAUUAAGUUGAGACAUUGUUAAACAGGAAGCUCAAACAGGCAUUUUCAGUGCAUGUGGUUCCGGUUGGGACAUUGUUGGUUGGCGCAUGCUAAAUCUAUGAUCAGCUUCCGCUUUGGAGUACAGAUUUUCUGUAUGACACUAUGACUUCCUGAAUAUUGUGAUAAGUCCCUAGAACAAGAAUUGAGACGUUCUAUAUUAUCAGACAGUUAGGGGCAUCCAUAUUAUUUGGUUGCCGGAAUGUUUAUCAUUUUUUUUGAUAAUCAUGAUUGCCAGAAUGAUUAUAAAAUGAUUAUUGGCGAAGAAAAAUAUUUGACCUCAGCUACAAAUACAGGAUUACAUGUUACAAAUAACUGAUCUGUUUAUCUCUCUUAACUUAAUGUCACCAUUAUGGUGAGAGGUUAG